AUGUCCGCGAAUCCUCUUGAAAGGGAGGAACGCCUUCGGGCGUGGGACACAGGUGGUGCAUGGCUGUCGUCAGCUCAUGCCACUGCCGGUGAUAAGCCGGAGGAAGGUGAGGAUGACGUCAAGUCAUCAUGCCCCGGAUACCCUGGGCGACACGCGUGCUACAAUGGCCGGGUUAUGGAUGCGUGCUUCUUGAAGGUGAAAGUGAUUGGCAUUUCUACUCGCUAUAUGAUUAUUGUUUUCCAACUGAAAUUUUCGUCAACAGGGAUGGAAAGCGAUGGGAGGUUUGGGCAAGGAAGCGAAUUCCCAGUCCUUCGCCCGAGUGAAGUUCCUAAAUAUAACUAA